AUGUCAUCGUCGGGACCGGAAACCGACGGUCACCGUGACCUCGGGCCAUCGUCAAUGUCAACGAAGAAAGCUCUCAAAAAGGGGGGCCAUGCUCUGAGAAAGAUGCGAGUGUCCAUAUUGAGAUCAAUCAAAUCGUUGGUCCUCAACCGAGUGCCAGCUCACAGCCGGAAGUCCAUAGAGACGCGUUAUGCGAAACUUUUGCCCCGCGUGGCCAUAACUUUGGCGGCUGUGCAGGGGGAGGGAGAGGCGCCGACAGCGAAGUACAAAGGAGACGCCGAUGAUUCCAGAAGUACUCUGCUGCCUCCACCCCAUAUUAUGGCUGCGGCCGUUCUGCUGACCGACAUAUACCAUCUGGAGCAAGAACUAAAACAAGUGGACGAGGAACGUGAUCGGUUGAUUACGGCUGGCAACGAAGAAAUGUUUGGGUGCCAAAUUAUAUAA